AAAAAAUUGUGAUAGUGAGAUGCCUUUCUAUUCAAAUUUUUUGACAAUGAAAGUUAAUGAAACAGCUGGCCAUCUACACACAAACUUUUUCAAGCAUCAAUCAGAGGAAGAAGUCCAUAAAAAAUUUGAUUAUUAUAUAUCAGAAUCAGAAUGGAGUUCUUCAAAUCCAUCGUCACCCGAAUCACCGAAUUUGAACAUGAGCUUGUAUAGACGUAAAGUACAGAUGAGUCCACCGAAUUCGCCGUUAGAAAAUUCCUUCAUGAAUAUGAGAUGGCAAAAUACACCAUGCAAAACACAGCAGAUUUGUAUUGGACUCAAGCCAUCAGAACGUAUUAGUUACCUUCGAGAAAUCUUGCCCCUGCAAAAUCAGUCAGGAGGAUACACUUCACGUUCUAAAUGGGAAUUGAUGGCUCCACUCAAGGCACCUCUACGUCGUCCAAAAAGUUCAUCAUCUCAUCUUAUUUGGUGAGCAAAAAAAAUUUGGGCAGAAAAAAUUUUUUUUCUGUUGAAGUGCAAUUGGAAUUCAGUUAUUGUAAAUAUAACGAAUUUUCAGUUGACAUAAACAGUGCCAUGCUAUUAAUAUUUUGUUGUUAUUAAAUCUCUUUGCUUUAUUCUCUGAUGCAAUGCAUCAGAUGUGAAUUAAGGUAACAAGAGAAUUUACAUUUGUAUGGCAAUUAUUUAAUUUUUAUAAUACGUUAGAGUCAUUUUUUGUAAUGCAACUGAAAAAAUUACUCUUCUUAUCAGUUUUGAUACUUAGUUAAAUUUAAUAAUGGCAAAAUUAGGUUUAUGUUUUCUAUAAAUAUUACAGUUUAUUUCAUGAAUAAGAGAUUUCAUGAAAGUACAUGCAUCCCGUACGAACUGUGAUAAAUUUAAUCAAUAUUAUAAUCUUUACGUGAUACUUUACGUGAUACUAAUAAUUUUUAAUUAAAAGUAGAUUUAAGUAGAUAAGAGUGAUUAAACUCAGGGAUAUAAUUAUUAAAGAUUUUAUAUUUAUUAUUAUUAGUAAAUAUGCUGUCUAUAAUUAUGAUCAUAAUUGUCUUAUUUAAAUGCGUUUAAACAAUUGGAAAAGAAUAAUUGUUGAUCAAUUUUUUCUUUUUCG